CUUCUUUCUUUUCUAUUUUUUUUUUUUAUAUAUUCAUUAUAUUUAUAUAUUUUAUAGAAAUAGAAUCACUUUGUUCAAUGAAUAUGUUUGUCAUGUUGAGAUUGGUUUAUUUCUCAAUAACCUUCCUUAUUCUUUACUUGGCAUUUACUUGGUGUACACAGGUUCUUUCUACUUUCCCGGACGACCAACACCAUUCUGACCAAAACUCAACUGACUACGGAUAUUUCUUACAUAUUACUGAUUUUCAUCUAGAUAACAGUUAUGUGGCGGGGUCUACUAUUGAAUCAGCGUGCCACAAACCACCGUCUUCUGCAGCAACAACGAAGCACAAAUCCGGUCUUGCUCUUCACUUUGGAAUGUCGGGAUGUGAUACUCCUACCGUUUUAGCCCAGAAAACAGUAGAUUGGGUAUCAAAGGAAUGGAAGCAAAAAUUAGAUUUUAUUGUUUGGACUGGUGAUAAUGCAAGACAUGACUGGGAUAAGCAAAUGAAACGAAAUCGCAGUAACGUUUAUGAGUCCAAUCGUAUGAUGGCAAAUAUGAUACAUGGGUCCUUUGGUGAUAUCCCUGUUAUCCCUAGCCUUGGUAACAACGAUGUCAUUCCUCAUAAUCGAAUUACCAUGGGUAACGGUACUGACAAGAAUACCAAUCGACUGUUACGAUUUUAUCAACAUCUCUGGAAACAUUGGAUUCCUCAACAACAACAGGAUGAUUUCCUCAAGUAUGGUGCAUUUGUAGUCGAUGUGGGUCCUCAAUUACGUGCUUUGUCUAUUAAUACUAUGUAUUUUAUCAAGAAAAACAAAAAGUUACAAGGAUGUGGAAAACCUGGUAGUGAUGCUCAACAACACAUGGAUUGGUUUGAACAACAACUUAUCAAGGCUAGAAUGGAUGGUUACAAGGUGCUUGUCUUGGGUCAUGUUCCUCCUGCUGAAGAUACUUACCGUUUUUCAUGUUUGGCAUCUUACACCAGAAUUUCUGCUCAAUAUCCUGAUGUGAUUAUGGGACAUCUCUAUGGACAUUUGAACAAGGACCAUUUCUUAUUAUAUGAUACCAGUCGACCUCUGUCAAAAACAACAACGAUGGAUCAAGACAGCUAUGAUAAAGAUUAUUUGGACCAACAACCAUUUUUCAAGAAACCAAAGAUACCCAAGUUUGCUCGACAACUUCAUGAUAUGUAUUCAUCAAUACACCCUCGAUUAGAAGAUGAUGAAAAACAAGAAAUAUUACCGACAUCUCCUGUGGUAGCUAUCCAAGUGACUCCCUCGGUGUUACCCAAGUAUUAUCCAACCGUACGUAUCUACCGUUACACGAAGAACAACUUGAUGGGCUAUGAUCAAUACUUUGCAAAUAUUACGGAAUGGGAAAACUUACCAGCAACACAACAUCACUAUCAACUGUUGUAUUCCACAGAUCAUUAUGGCAUGAAGGAUUUGACAUCUGAGAGCUUUUUUGAUUUGGCUAAGCGCAUGGUAGAUCCUCAUGACAAAAAUGGUCGUCGUCUUUGGAGGGAUUAUGUCAACAAUAUUUUUAUUAGAACUAGAGCCAUCUUUUAGAAUAGACUUAUUUAUUUUAUGAUAUCACUUUUUCUUUAUAUAUAUACCGUUUCUAUACCGUUGCUGUACAAUAAACCAUUUAUAUUUAACAUACA